CAUUUCACAUAAAUAUAGGACUUGUUUUCCACAUGCCAUGUGUACAGACGAAAAUGGUGGGAACCAAACACCUCCAGCUUCGGCACCCUGUCCCGGAGAGUUGGUGCGAGACGUCUCCUUGGCCGCACUUCGUCUGUGGCUUGACGCCCCGGGGAGCGACGUGGAGAAGGCCCUGCGGAAAGCCAUGCGGGCGAAACACGCGGCCUUGAACCAGGCCACGCGAGCGGCGAUCGCACAGCGUGUCCUGGGCAUUGCCGUCUUCCACGGACGUUUGGUACAUCUCCUGGACAAGACAAGGAGCACACGGAGCACCGGAGAGGCUUCCACGGAGCAUGGAGGCUCUCUUUGGGCGGAAUUGCUCUUGGAGCUCUUUGUCCGCCGGGAGUUGAGAGAAGAGGGAGAAGACCGUGAAGAGAAAGGUCAGAAAGGUGAGUUGACGCGCAGAUGUGAGAAUCUCAGUGAGAUCGAUGAGCAAAGAGUGUCACAGGCAGUCCAAGCCCCACUCUUUGAGGCUCACGAGAAUGCUGUGAGCAUCGUAAGCCUGGCUCAACGCCUUGCAGUUGUUUGGUCUCUACCCCUUUGGAUGGCGGAAAGCUGGCUCCAGCAGUUCGGCGUUUGGUCGUCCUUCGCCCUGGGCCGUGCCAUGUCUCGUCCAGCUCGGGUGACCCUAAGGGUGAACACAUUCAACACCAGUCGCUUGGCCCUGAUGGAAAUGCUGAUGCAGCAUGGAAUACGCAGCAUCCCCACAGGUGAGAGCCCUUAUGGUCUUUGGCUUCCAGAUGGCCGUCCACCUGGAGGAGGAGUUUGGCAGUUGCCUGGUUACAGUGAAGGUCUUUUUGAGGUCCAAGAUGAAGGGUCUCAGUUGUUAGCUUUGGCCACCGAAGCCAAGACUGGAGAGUGUGUCGUGGAUUACUGCGCAGGUCGUGGCGGAAAGACUUGGCUGCUGGCGGCCUUGGUUGCGCCCACGGGCCGUGUGUAUGCCUGGGACGUCGAAGAGGAUCUGCGAAAACAACUGCACGGUGCUCGUGCAAAGCGCGCUGGCGCAUCCGGUCUGGUGGAAGUGCCAAGCAGCAAACCAGGGCCUGAAAUGAUUUCUGGUGGGGCUGAUGUGGUUUUGGUCGAUGCCCCUUGUUCGUCCUCUGGAGUUUUGAGACGACAUCCAUCUCAACGCUGGGCCUUGAAGUUUGAAGAGUUGUCGCAGAUUGCAGCACUCCAACUUGCAAUUUUGGAAGAGGCCUCGCAACUGGUGCGUCCGGGUGGCCGUUUGGUUUAUGCCACUUGUUCUUUGAUGCACGUGGAGAACAGCGAAGUCGUAGAGGCUUUUGAAGCGCGCGCCGGGCAGAGCUUUCUCCCAUGGCCCUUUCAGAGGCACUGCCGUCGGCACUGCCGUCGGCACUGCCGUCGGCACUGCCGUACCUUGCUGCCUCACGUGGAUGGGACUGACGGCUUCUUCAUGGCUCGCUGGGAGAAAAGUCUCGCCUCGAGCAUGGCGGACUUAGAUGACAAUCUGGAUGAGGCAGAAAGAGUCUUUGAGAGCCAGUACGAACGUGUGGAGCCCUCCCUCUUAGGAGAGGGGACAUACGGAAAGGUCUUCAAAGCCAGAUCCCUUCGUACUGGAGAGUUGGUUGCCAUGAAGCAGAUGAAAAUUGAGGGCUCUGAAGAUGGAAUGCCCAGCACUGCCCUUCGAGAGAUUGCACUCUUGAAGGAACUGAAGGAUCAUCAGAACAUUGUGAAGCUGCUCAAUAUUUUCUACAAGCCGAGCAAGUUAAUCUUAGUGUUUGAGUUCGUCGAGAACGAUCUGAAGAAGUACAUGCGCUCCAUGAGCAACAAGCUGUCGCCUGCGACGGUGAGGAAUUUUGCGUUGCAGCUUUUCGAAGGGGUGCAGUUCUGCCACGCCAGCCGCAUCCUGCAUCGUGAUCUGAAACCGCAGAAUCUCCUCAUCGACCAGCACUUGAGACUGAAGAUUGCUGACUUUGGCCUAGCCAGACCAUUCCAUGUGCCACUGGGGGAGUACACACAUGAAGUGAUUACGGUGUGGUACCGGCCACCUGAGAUCCUGCUUGGUAGCCAAAUAUACAGCUUGCCUGUGGACUUGUGGAGCAUUGGCUGUGUGAUUGCAGAGAUGGCCAUUGGCAGCGCGCAGUUUCCGGGUGAUUCUGACCCUUGCAAGCCGAGUCAGGUCACAGAAGAAGUCAGGUCCAUGCUGUCACAUCCAAAGUCCUUGAUGUGCCGCUGCACAAUGUUCAAUUCCCUCAUCCAAAAUUGUUUGCAUCAAUCUUGUACCUGGACUUGA